GUGCGUGAGAAACGUUUAAUGUAUUCCCUCCCCCCUUGCAAAACAACGUUGUGUUAAGGGGUAUUUCUUCCCCCCCUCCCCUUUUUGCUUCUGUGUUUACAAGACAUUAUUCCAUUAUUCUCCCUUUUUUUAUUUAAUGGUUAAACUGGAUGUGGCCACUUUGCAUUUUUUAAUUUAUUUAUUAAUGAUUCUGAAGGGGGGGGACAUUUAGGAGAAGUUGGGCAUCUCUCGAGGGACUUCAACACACACACACACACACACACCCGUUAAGGGCCAGCUAUUUUAUUUAGUUUCCUCUCCUUUUCUCUCUGUGUCCCUUUGCCAACCAAAGAACAGCUGGUAAAACUGGAUUAUAAGGAUGUUUUGAUCUGUGUUUUGCAGUUAAGACUUUAAUAUUUGGAUGGGAAUCUGUCUUCAUUCCAGUUGGCUCUUCCGAUAGCAUUUGUAACCUUGAAAAAAAGUUUACUUUUUGGGGAGAGAGUUAUUUAAAAAAAUGGAAUUGUGAAGAAGAAGAAGAAGAAAAAGAAGGAAAAAAGGCAAAGAAAACCAGAUCACAGGAGGCUGCGGGAAAAUGUCUGGAUAUAAACUCAGGACGGACUUAAAGGUUCUGGACUCUUGAGUGCAGGAGAAAAUCAAUUUGUCGUCUUCUCUUUGUGGGAAAAUAACUUGCAAGAUUUGCAACUGAAUUUAUAUUUAGAAACUUGCCACGCACAGCCAAAGACCCCGGGGUGACCACCCUGGCGUUCUGGACUUGAAGACAUGAACAUGAGACCCCCUCAGACUGCACUGGACAGACCAGCCAGUAAAAAGCACGCUCACCUGCCCAGGUUAAGCAGCCUGUCUUCUCUGGGCGACUCGGCUCCGGAGCGGCGAUCCCCCGGCCACCACCGCCAGCCCUCCGACUCCAGCGAGACCACAGGUUUGGUUCAGCGCUGCGUCAUCAUCCAGAAAGACCAACAUGGCUUCGGCUUCACCGUCAGCGGGGACAGGAUUGUCUUGGUGCAGUCUGUCCGGCCAGGAGGAGCCGCCAUGAAGGCUGGCGUGCAGGAGGGCGAUCGGAUUGUCAAAGUGAACGGGACGAUGGUGACCAACAGCUCACAUCUCGAAGUCGUGAAGCUCAUCAAAUCUGGUGCUUAUGUUGCCCUCACUCUCCUGGGCUCCCCGCCUGCCUCGGUGGGCUUCUUGGGAUCCCAGCAGGACGGACACCAGGCGGGGGCUCCUCAGGUCACGCCGGCAUGCCCCCCGCCCCCGCCCCCCCCACCGCUGCCCCUGCCACAGCGCAUCACUGGGCCAAAGCCGCUGCAGGACCCCGAAGUCCAGAAGCACGCGACGCAGAUCCUCCGGAACAUGCUGAGGCAGGAAGAGGCCGAACUCCAGCGGUGUUACGAGGUCUACAGCCGGAAUCCUGCUUCCCUGCUCGAGGAGCAAAUCGAAGGCGCUCGCCGGAGGGUCAGCCAGCUGCAGCUCAAGAUCCGGCAGGAGACGGGCGGGUUGCUGGAUUCCACCCGGCCGUUCAGCGACUCCAGCUCCGUCACUUCCCGGGUGACCGACGGGCGCCUCUCCUUGGACUCCCAGGAUGGCGACAGCGGCCUGGACUCGGGCCCGGAGCGCUUCCCUUCCGUGAGUGAGAUCUCCCUGAACCGGAACUCUGUCCUCUCCGACCCCGGCCUGGACAGCCCCCACACCUCGCCCGUCAUCACGGCCCGGCUGUUCCAGCACCAUCGGCGCCAAGGCUCAGACACGCCUUUCCAACCCUCCACGGAGCAGGGCUUGGACCGAACGCCGCGGCCACUCAUCAUUGGUCCUGAGGAAGACUACGAUCCGGGGUGCUUUAACAACGAGUGUGAUGCCCUCUUCCAGGACUUGGGGAAGCUGAAGACGCGGCCGGCUCACCUGGGAGUUUUCUUGCGCUACAUCUUCUCUCAGGCCGACCCGAGUCCUCUGCUGCUGUACUUGUGUGCAGAUGUUUACCAGCAGAUGAACUCCAAGGACGCCCGCGGCCUCGGGAAGGACAUCUGGCACAUCUUCCUGGAGAAAUCCGCGCCUCUGAGAGUCAAGGUCUCCGAUCAUUUAUUGGCUGAGAUAGACUCCCGCCUGCGGAACGGGGAGGAUGUCCGAAGCGCAUUCUUGGAGGCGCAGGAGGCGGCCAUGCCCGAGAUCCAGGAGCAGAUCCAGGACUACAGGACGAAGCGCACCAUGGGCCUCGGGAGCUUGUAUGGGGAGAACGACUUGAUAGACCUGGACGGAGACCCCCUGAAGGAGCGCGAAGUGGCCGAGAGACACAUCGCCCAGCUCGGGGACAUCCUGUCCAAAUACGAAGAGGAGAGGAGCUCCCCCAUGAGCUUUGCCUUGAACACCUACAUGAGCCACGCGGGGAUCCGGCCCCGGGAGGCUCGGCCGGUCAGCGUCGUCGAGAAGUCGCAGGAGAAGGACAAGUGGCUGCCGUUCUUCCCCAAGGCCAAGAAGAGCAGCAGCACCAAGAAGGAGAAGGAGGCUCUGGUGGAGGACAAGAGGCGGAACCCCAUCCUCAAGUACAUCGGGAAGCCCAAGAGCUCUUCCCAGAGCACAUUUCAUGUCCCCUUGUCCCCCGUGGAAGUUAAGCCCGGCAACGUGAGGAAUAUCAUCCAGCACUUUGAGAACAACCAGCAUCACGACGGCCCGGAGUCCGCCGGCAUGCAGCGCCUCUCCACGGGGAGCUUCCCCGAAGACCUCCUGGAUUUGGACAGUUCCAGGUUGGAGGUGAAGCUUGGCCGGUCGGAGAGCCUGAAGGGCCGGGAGGAGCUCAAGAGGCUGCGGAAAGCGGAGAACGUGCCGCGCUCCCGGAGCGACGUGGACAUGGACGCUGCCGCCGAAGCCACCCGGCUCCACCAGUCGGCCUCGUCUUCCGCCUCCAGCCUCUCCGCCAGGUCCCUGGAGAACCCUACGCCACCCUACACGCCCAAAAUGGGGCGCAGGAGCAUCGAGUCCCCGAACCUGGGCUUCAGCGCAGACGCCUUCCUGCCCCACCUCCUGGAGGACGAGCUGGGGCACCUCUCGGACCUGGAGCUGGAGAUGGACUCCCAGAACUGGCAGCACACCGUGGGCCGCGACGUGGUGGCUUCUCUGCCCCAGCGGGAGAUCGACCGCCAGGAAGUCAUCAACGAGCUGUUUGUGACGGAGGCCUCCCACCUGCGGAUCCUGCGCGUCCUGGACGUCCUCUUCUACCAGCGCAUGCGGAAGGAGAGCCUGUUGCCUCGGGAGCAGCUGGCCCUGCUCUUCCCCAACCUCCCGGAGCUGAUCGAGAUCCACAAUUCCCUGUCGGAAUCCAUGAAGAAGAUCCGAGAAGAAGGGCCGGUCGUCAAGGAGAUCGGGGACCUCAUGCUUUCGCGGUUCGACGGGGCUGGGCGCGAGGAGAUCCAGGAGGUGGCUGCCGACUUCUGUGCUUAUCAGUCCACGGCCCUGGAGCUGAUCAAGACCAAGAAGCGGAAGGAGACCCGUUUCCAGCUCUUCAUGCAGGAAGCCGAGAGCCACCCUCAGUGCCGCCGGCUGCAGCUGAAAGACCUCAUCAUCUCCGAGAUGCAGCGCCUGACCAAGUACCCACUUCUGCUGGAGAACAUCCUCAAACACACCCACGGGGAGACCUUGGAAUACCGGAAGCUCCACCGGGCCCAGGAUCAGUGCCGGGAGAUCCUCAGGUACGUGAACGAGGCGGUGAAGCGGGCGGAAAACCAGCACCGCCUGGAGGCCUAUCAGAAGCGCCUGGAUACGACCUCCCUGGAGCGGACCAGCAACCCCCUGGCAGCGGAGUUCAAGAACCUGGACCUCCGAAGCCGGCGCAUGAUCCACGAGGGACUCUUGAGCUGGAGGAUCAGCAAGGACAAGACCGUGGACCUGCACGUCUUGCUGCUGGAAGACCUCCUGGUACUGCUCCAACGGCAGGAUGAGAAGCUGGUCCUGAAGUGCCACAGCAAGAUGGCGCUGGGCUCCUCGGACAUCAAGCAGACCUUCAGCCCAGUCCUCAAGCUCAACGCCGUCCUCAUCCGCUCCGUGGCCACCGAUAAGCGAGCCCUCUUCAUCAUCUGCACGUCUGAACUGGGCCCCCAGAUCUACGAGCUGGUGGCCUCGACCUCUUCGGAGAAGAACACGUGGAUGGAGCUUCUGGAGGAGGCGGUGAAGAGCGCCACCCGCAACGCCACCUUGCCCCCCAAGCGCCACUCCCAGGAGCUGCCUCUGCCCCGGCCAGCGCCUUCCAGCUUGGUGCUGCAGGAGGCCAACCUGCCCUCAAGCCUGGCCCAAGGAGACGACGCUUCCAGGCAAGGUGCGGAAGAGGAGGAGGAGGAGCAGGAGGAGGAGGAGGGGGCUUCAGACGAUACCCCAACGGAAGCCCUGGCUGAGGCGAGGCAUCCGGUGCUGGCAGAAGGACCAGAGGUUGGCGGCAGUGAGGAGGAGGAAGAGGAAGGGCUGCCCUCUGCUGCGUUGCCUGCCCUGCCCUCCCUGGAGGCGGAGGAAGAGGAGGAGGAGGAGGGGGAAGAAGAGGCGGAGGAAAGGCCGGAGCCUGGGCCCCUGACAGAGCCGGCAUCCUUUCUGGCUGAGUCAGCCCUGGAAGACGUGGAGACCCUGCGCCAUCUCCUCUUGCACAGCUUCCUUCCCUGCCGAGAGCCGGACCCCGAAGAGGACCUGACCCCCACCCCGUCUGUGGCCGGCGCCCACCCGCCCUGGGACCCUGCCCCGGCCACGCAGGACUCCGGAAGCCUGGAGGAGGAGCCGCCCGGGCCCUCAGGGGACUGUGAUCCCUCGCAGCCCCCUGGGCGUUCAGAGGGCAGCGGGAACGGGGCAGAGGAGGGCGCGCGGCAUGUGGAGGACCCCCCUGCUGCCCUGGCGGGGGCCGCUCAAGAGGCCGAGGGGCAGGGCGGCUACCAGGUGGUGCGGAAAGCCGAGGUGGAGGGAACUAGCGAGGCUCCUUCCUUGCCAGACGGCAGCCAGGCAGGAACCGGUGCCGGAGAUGCAGAUAAUGUGGAGGGGAACUACUUCUACGUCAGCCUCCCGGCUGGCGCUGGAGAAUCCCGCACGGACGCCAGGAGCCCCAGCCCUCCCGGGCCAGCCGAGCCCUCCGGUCAGCCAAAGAGCCCGCCUCCUGCCAGGCCCCCGCACGGCUCCCGGGGGCGCCCGAAGGAGAACGCGGCCGGGUGCCCCAGCGCUCUCGAAGGCCCGGCCUCUCCGCAGCUCUCCCUCUCCGGCCACGCGAUCCGGGACGUGGACGUGAUCUUCCGGACGAUAGACCAGCUCACCCUGAAGCUGACGAGGCUAAAGGAUCUCGAAACGGCCCACCAGCAGCUGCUGCGGUCGCUGCAUGGGAGUUGCGCUGCGGAUGCCACGCCGGUGGGGGACGUACCGCCAGAGCCCAGGUGGGCGUCGCCUGGCAGUCCUCCGACGUCCCACGCCAGCCACGGCCCUUUGCCCCCCUCGCAGCCCCUGGCUGCAGCCGAGCCAGGCCAAAUCCCCCUCUCCCAAGAGAGCCCCCGAGAAGUGACCCUUUAGGGCAGGGGCGUUUUCGCCACGGAAGGAAACCUCGCCCGCGGAGUGCGGCUCCCCCCUUUGCCCGGUCCACCUGGGGGCCUCCUGCAGCCUGCUUGGGCCGGCCGGCCGGCCGCUUUGAACUUGAGCAAGGCCUGGGCCUGGCACGGGAGCCGCCGGCCUCGGAGAUGGUGAAACCCGGGAGGAAGAGGAGCCGCCGGAACCCUCUUUUUGGGGAAAGCACGCGUUGGAUUGAUUUGAACUGUUUCGUCAGUAAUAUCUGGAGUUCUUCCCACCAGAGGCUUCCCGAGAUGAAGUCCUGGUAACUCGUUCUUUUGUGCAUUUGAGCGCAGAGAGACGCGCUCCCUGCCCGCACGUCUGCGCCACUGUGGGGCUUCCGCUGUCCUCGUGUGGCCCUGAGCAGCAUCAGUCACACACACACACACACACACACGCGCGUUACAUGAAAGCUGGAAUAUAUUCUGUAUAAUAGCACUUUUUUUGUUGUUUUGGUUUUGUGCUCUCUCCGUGCCGAGGAAGGAACCCCCAGGCGGAGAAGGGCCCCCGGCUGCUUCCACACCUCCUCGUUGGAUAUAAAUAUGUAUGUAUGGAUGUGCAUCGAGUCCUUGUAAAUACGAUAAGGCAGUUGCUGGUGGUGUCGUGGCUGGUUUUAUUUGCCUUCAUACCCUGGGAACUAGAAAGUCACAACGGCCCACUGCCACCGUAGCCCUGGCAUGACGGGGUGAGAGGCUGGCUCCCAUCACGCAGCGGCAGCCAAAGGGACCGGGGAGGCAACGGCCAGCUCCCCCCACGCUCUCUCAGGACAGGGCGGCCCCACGUCUCCCGUUCCCACAGCUGCCCGGCAGAGGCCGUGGCGCUCACCGGGCUGCAGUGGUGCCGAGGCUGCUGCCGUAAGAUAAUCUGCCUCUCUGCAGUGGUCCGGCGGGCUGCCCACGGAGAUCCCGCCUCAACUGGGGGCGUGGCGCCCUGGGCUCUCCCCAAGCAAGGCUGCCGGCAUCUCCUGGCAAGAGGAGUGGGCGGACACACAGCUGAAGGCCCCGGUCGCCGGAGGCCGCACCGUCCCAUCCUGCUCCGGCUGCUGCCCACCGGAUCCCGGGGCGUGCCUGUGUGCAUGUGUGGGGUGCAGACUCCUCGUGGGACACGCCGGCUCCAUCUGCGAUCCUGACCCCAGAAAUCCCUCCCCCCCACACACACACAUGCUGCACCAGGCGUAUGAUGCAUAUAAGAUUAUAUAUAGAUAUAUAUAGAAAUAUAUAUAUAUAAAAAGGAUGCCAGACUCUGUGCUGUUCAAUUCGCUAAAAGCCAAUUUUAUUUUCUUCCUUUCAAUGGUAAAAGAUUUUUUUUAAAGAAAAAAGUAAAAGUAAAAUAUUCCUCA